CCACUGCAGUCUUUACUACAGUAUCUCACCUCUCGGGUACUGACAGUGUCACUAGCUGCUUCAGGCUUGUCGUAUUGGACAUUUUCUUUAUUUACGUCGGCAGGUUUUUACUGACUCGGGUCGGACAUGGCUGGCACGGCGGCUCCGAAGCGGCAGGACACCCGGAAGUUCUUCGAGAAUCUGUCCGGAGCGGGGAAGUCCAUCGCGGUGCUGACCAGCGGAGGAGAUGCCCAAGGUAUGAAUGCUGCAGUCCGGGCCGCCGUCCGGAUGGGAAUCUACGUGGGAGCGAAGGUGUACUUCAUCCACGAGGGGUACCAGGGGAUGGUGGACGGUGGAGACAACAUCAAGGAGGCGACGUGGGAGAGUGUGUCCAGCAUGCUGCAAGUGGGCGGUACAGUCAUCGGCAGCGCCCGCUGUAAAGAGUUCCGUACCCACGAGGGCCGCCUGAAGGCCGCUCACAACCUGGUCCAGCACAGCAUCACCAACCUGUGCGUGAUCGGAGGAGACGGCAGCCUGACGGGAGCAAACCUGUUCAGAGAGGAGUGGAGCGGCCUGCUGGAUGAGCUCGUCCAGCAAGGUCUGAUCGAUGACGAGGCAGCCCGCAGUAACUCGGAGCUGCACAUCGUCGGCAUGGUGGGCUCCAUCGACAACGACUUCUGCGGCACGGACAUGACCAUCGGCACCGACUCUGCUCUGCACAGGAUCAUCGAGGUGGUGGACGCCAUCAUGACCACCGCUCAGAGCCACCAGAGGACUUUUGUGCUGGAGGUCAUGGGGAGGCACUGCGGAUACCUGGCCCUGGUCAGUGCCCUGGCAUGUGGAGCAGACUGGGUUUUUAUUCCAGAAAUGCCUCCUGAGGACGGCUGGGAGGACAGCAUGUGUCAGAAACUAUCUGAGAGCCGCUCUCGAGGUUCCAGGUUGAACAUUAUCAUAGUUGCUGAGGGAGCCAUUGACAGACAAGGACAACCCAUUACCUCUGGUUUUGUGAAGGAUCUGGUAGUUCGCUGUUUGGGUUUUGACACCAGGGUCACCAUCUUGGGACAUGUGCAGAGAGGAGGGACCCCCUCUGCCUUUGACAGGAUCCUGGCCAGCCGUAUGGGCGUGGAGGCGGUGCUGGCGCUGUUGGAGGCCUCUGCCAACACUCCAGCCUGCGUCGUGUCUCUUGUUGGAAACCAGGCUGUUCGACUUCCACUUAUGGAGUGUGUUCAGAUGACCCAAGAGGUGCAGAAGGCCAUGGAUGAGAAGAAGUUUGAGGAGGCGGUGAGACUGCGUGGCAGGAGCUUUGAAAACAAUCUGAGCACCUACAGACUCCUCUCCUACAGGAAAGCCGACUCUGAACUUCCAAAUAGCUCCUUUAAUGUCGCCGUGUUGAACGUCGGCGCCCCAGCAGCGGGCAUGAACGCCGCUGUGCGCUCUGCCGUCAGGGUGGGAAUCACUGAAGGCCACAAAAUGUUUGCGGUCAGCGACGGCUUCGAGGGAUUCUACAAGGGACAGAUUAAGGAGAUCAAAUGGGGAGAUGUCGGUGGAUGGACCGGCCAAGGAGGCUCCCUGCUGGGGACCAAAAGAACUCUUCCAGGGAAACAUCUGGAAAAGAUAGCAGAGCAAAUUAGGAUCCAUAACAUCAACGCCCUGCUCGUCAUCGGAGGAUUUGAGGCCUACGUGGGAUUACUGGAACUCUCUUCGGCGCGGGACAAAUAUAGCGAGCUCUGCGUGCCCAUGGUCAUGGUCCCCGCCACCGUCUCCAACAAUAUACCCGGUUCAGACCUCAGCAUUGGCUCAGACACCGCUCUGAACGCCAUUACUGAUACAUGCGAUCGCAUCAAGCAGUCAGCCAGCGGCACCAAGCGCCGCGUCUUCAUCAUAGAGACCAUGGGGGGUUACUGUGGGUACCUGGCCACUGUGGGCGGUCUGGCUGCAGGAGCCGACACCGUCUACAUCUACGAGGAGCCGUUCGACAUCCGGGACCUGCAGGGCAACGUGGAGCAUCUGACGCAGAAGAUGAAGACGUCCAUCCAGAGAGGAUUAGUGCUCAGAAAUGAGAACUGCAACGAGAACUUCACCACCGACUUCAUCUACCAGCUGUACACGGAGGAGGGACGAGGAGUGUUUGACUGCAGGAAGAACAUCCUGGGUCACAUGCAGCAGGGAGGAGCUCCUUCACCAUUCGACAGAAACUUUGGCACUAAAGUUGCAGCUAAAGCCAUCCAGUGGAUCACGAGGACGCUCAAGGACUCUUACAAAGGAGGUCGAGUGUUUGCUAACUCGGAGGACACGGCCUGCCUGCUGGGGAUGCGUCGCAGAGCUCUCGUCUUCCAGCCCGUCUCUCAGCUCAGGGACGAGACCGACUUUGUGCACAGGAUCCCUAAGGAGCAGUGGUGGCUGAAGCUCCGUCCUCUGAUGAAAAUCCUCGCCAAGUACAAGACGAGCUAUGACGUGUCCGACUCCGGGCAGCUGGAACACGUGACCCGGGUCCGCCCCAAGGAGAGCAAGACCUCCGCGACCAUCUGAACCCCCCCCCCGCACUACCACCUGGAAGAAGAGAGCUUUACGACUCCCGACGAGAACACAGCUUCACAAAACGGGGACAGCUACUCACACAAUGACUGAUCGACCGCUGAUUGACUGCAAAUAAAAGUUAAAGGUAGAUUUGAAGAGAUUUUAAAGAGUGAGACUGUAGGGUGAAGAAGUCAUGGCAACUGUUUGGAAGGGGAUCUUUAGCUCUUUCUGUAGUUUCAACAAGCCAGCACAGCUCAUGUAGUAUUUUAUAGAUCCCUUAUCAAAGAUAUUAGAGACUUCAACAUAUUAAUCUAAGCACUCCUCGUGAUGUAAGUAUGCAAGUUUGAGUCCUGAAAACGUAGCUUUAUCUCCAUUUGUCUGACGCUAGCCGAGCAAACGUUUGCACUCGGUUGACGACGCAUUUCAAGUCUAGCUCGUGUGAUUUUAAAUUAUUUUCUACAGCACUUUGAGCCCCAUCAUUCAUAUAUAUAUGUAAUCCCCCUUAAAGCUGCUUAUAAAGAGAGAGUAUUAGCAGGGAGGAGAAUCACAUGCUGUCAGUCUAACACCUUUAAAAAA